GCAUAUGUCGAUUGAUUCCCUCGAACAUAAGUAGUCGACAGUGCUAUCGCUCACGGCGUACAGUUUACUUAAAAAUGUACAAACUCCUGUUUCUGUUUCUGCUGUUCGUUGCUGUUGACAGCUAUCGUUGUCACAAAGAUGGCUCUUGUAGACAUAGACACAGACAAUACGGGCAAGCGCGUUACAAUAAUCGCCAUUUUGAAAAAGUAUUUGAAGAUAUAUCCUCAAGCGUAAUCAAUAUGGACAGAAAGUAUCAAGCAGUUUGCGGCAACACUACAGACCAACAGAUAAGAGAAUUUUACGAUGUAGAUUCUUAUAAUCUUAAAUAUUCCCUUAAAGAAUAUUCUGAAGACAAUGUGACUAUCAAAGUGCAACACAGGGUGAUGUAUUUGAAAGCCGUAAAGAGUCACGUGACAGUAUUCAAAGAUAUUAGGAUACUCCCGACAAUAGUGGAUGCCAAAACCGGGCAAUAUUUCAAACAGGACGAUGAUAUUGUUAUACAAUUUUCUUAUAAAACGAAUCUGAAAAUAGAAAAUGUUGUCACCUGCAAUAAUGACAUUAACGAUGACAUUCUGAAUCUGACUAAAGUAAUGAUAAGCGAUGAAGAUUUGAGAAUCGCGCAAUAAUCAAGUGGUUCAUAAUGUUGCAGUUUUGAACAUUUUAAGACAUGCAUAAAUAUUGUUACAUUUUACAAAUUUAAUUAUUAUUAA